AGUUUUGAUUUGAAGUGUGUUCUCCGUCGACAAGCAUUUAUCCUCGGCAACACCAUCUGCACCCAACUGAAAAUUAUUGGCCCACGCUUCAUUUCUUGCCGUCCUUUAUUAUCACUUGUCCUCGAGCGGAGCGGGGCGGGCGGCAGUCUGUCUCUCUUCGAAUUGAAAUUUUGAAUCCUCUUCCCCCCCAUUCCCUUCCCUUCCCUUCCUCCCCUCCCCUCCCCACCUCCCAGGUUUCCACCACCGCGCCGCAGCCCGCAGAGCAGGCCGGAGCAGAGGAGAGAGCCGAGUCGAGUCCGCCCACAGUAGACAGAUCGAUGGGGUGCGUGUCGUCGACCUUCACCGAGGACGACGAGCGCCGGAUCAUCGGGGUAUCCGCCUCCGCGUCCCACAUCGUCUCCCUCACCUCCUCCACCUACGGCAUCCUCACCUACAACCUCACCGCCUCCCCUUCCACCACCAAAUCCACACCCCCUCCACCGCCGCCGCCUCCGCCCGUCCCACCGCUCUCGCUCCCCUCCUGCAGGGCCAAGCCCAAGCCGCCCUCCGACGAGCAGCCGGAGGCGGAGGUCAUCAACUCGUGGGAGCUCAUGGCCGGCCUACACGACCCCUCCACCCCGGCCAAAUCCAAGUCCCCGCGCGGCCCCGCCCGCAGGGAAGCCGGCGACCGCCCGCCCCGCCCCAUCCGCUUCCCGCUCCGCGCCAUCGACGGCAACGCCGCGGCGCGCGUCCCACCUCCGCCGCAGCGCUGCCCGCCCGGCGGCGCGCGCUGCGCGGUGCUCUACACCACCACGCUCCGCGCCGUGCGCGCCACCUUCGAGGCCUGCAACGCGGCGCGCGCGGCGCUGCAGUCCCACGGCGUCGCCUUCCGCGAGCGCGACGUCUCCAUGGACCGCGGCUUCCGGGACGAGCUCCGCGCGCUGCUCCUCCCGGGCGCCCCGGCGGCGCUGCCGCGGCUGUUCGUGCGGGGCCGCCACGUGGGCGGCGCGGAGGAGGUGCUGCGGCUGGACGAGGAGGGCGCGCUGGCGCCGCUGCUGGAGGGCCUCCCCCGCGCGCGCUCCCACGGCUGCUGCGACGGCUGCGGCGGCAUGAGGUUCCUCCCCUGCUUCGACUGCUCCGGCAGCCGCAAGGUGCUGUCCGGCGUCGGCGCUGCGGUGAAAGGGCGCCCGGAGAGAGGCGUGGUGCUCCGAUGCCGGGAGUGCAACGAGAACGGCCUCGUGCUCUGCCCCAUCUGCUCCUGACCAGCUGGAUUUUUCACCUCACUUCAUCGAUCUACUCCAGUAGGUUUCAGUUCGUUUUCGCCUAUUCAGAUCGAUGAUACUUGUUGUAACUGAGACUGGUGGAUCAACUGAGGAUUUGUCGUCUGGGUUCUUAUCUGAAUUGAACUGGUUGGUAUGCAUUCAGAAAAACAGAGCUUGCACUGAUGAGCAAUGGGCAUAGCAGUGAACAAUAAUUGAGCAGCUGAACCUCGGCAGGAGAGGAGGCUCGUCUAUGCUGGAGCGCCGCCAUGUCGAGGGGGAAGAGCUCGUCGCGGCCUCUCCGGGCACAACAUGGAGACGCCCCCACCCAUCUCUCUUUGUCUGUGUUGUAAUUUAGCAGCUCUGUUUCUGAUAUUAGUUUACAGUUUUGCAAAAGCACAUAUAUAUAGGCGAAAGUGGUUUUGUGGCUCC